AUGCCGAAAUACUUCUGCGACUACUGCGAUGUCUACCUCACGCACGACUCAAUGUCGGUCCGCAAAGCGCACAACAGCGGCCGCAACCACCUGCGAAACGUAGUAGAUUACUACCAGCAAAUCGGUCACGACCAGGCACAAAAUGUCAUCGACUCGAUUACUGCUUCGUACACGGAGGUGGGACAGACGGCGCCGGGACUGGGUAUGAUGGCACCUGGUAUGGGACCUCCGCCAGGUUUUGGUGGGCCACCGCCGAUUGGGUUUGGGGGCGGGAUGGGUAUGGGGAGGGGUGGAAUGCCACCUGGAAUGCCACCUGGAAUGCCGCCGGGACUACCGCCAGGCAUGCCGCCGAUGCCCUUCGGACGGGGUGGUAUGCCGCCGUUACCACCAGGCUUCCCACCACCACCAAAUGGUUUCCCACCAGGCAUGUCUCCAGGGAACAUGCCACCAUUCCCUCUCCCAGGUGGCUCAGCUGGAUCGCCUCCUGCGGGUAUGCCAUUCCCACCACCUGGUAAUAUGCCAUUUCCACCACCGAACUUUGCUGGAGGACCACCCGGACCGAGUCCAGUUGGAGGAAGUCAGAUGAGCCCACCACCUGGGAUGCCACCAGGGAUGGGAGGUCCACCAAGAUGA